GUCAUGGAUAGCAGAAAGGAGGCCCAACAGCCAUUUAUAAUUCCAGUGAAAUAGACGAAGAAGCUGUAUAUAAGAGACGCUUUGUGCGCUCGUUACAACUAUUCAAAUCGCAAUUCAAGUUCUUUACCUGGCCCCAAAGCAGCGGCAUCGAGCUUUGGUUUUAUAAAUUUGGAGAUUUAUAUUUUGUGACCAGACUACAAAGAUGGCCGCCCAACCUCGAUAUGGUCAGAGAUUGCUGCCAGUCCUCACUGAUGAAAUUGCUCGCAGCGAGCCUCAGGCUCCAGUCGCAUCCAGAACGAAGACAGUAGACCCUGUCGAUGGCUUCAUUGAUAUUUCAUACGCAGACUUUGCCAGAGCUAUCGAUAGAUGUGCCUGGUGGCUUGAAUGGCAUUUGGGCAAAAGCAAGACCUCCGAGACAAUUGCAUACGUGGGCCCGAACGAUUUUCGGUAUAGUAUUAUGGCUGUUGGAGCGAAUAAAGCGGGAUAUAAAGUUCUGUUUACUUCGCCGCGGAACUCCCUAGAGGGACAUUUGUCGUUGUUCAAAGCUACCGGUUGCACUUCAUUCCUCUAUGCUCGAUCAAUGCGAGUGGAUGAUAUUUUGGAGGAGAGCAAACUUCGGUCAUUAGUUGUCCCUGAGCUCGAGGAAUUGCUCCAUGCUACGUCCGUCCCACAUUAUCCCUUUGACGAGGACUUCGAAUCGGCUCGCGACAAACCCUUUUUUGUUCUACAUACAUCAGGCUCAACCGGGCUGCCGAAACCCAUCGUUGUGAAGCAUGGUUUGUUUGCCACUUGUGACACGGUGAACUCUCUGGAGCCCGUGGGUGGUUUGAAGCCCUUAGCAUGGAUAUUCAAAAAUGCUCGAGUGGUGAUGGUCAUGCCUGCUUUUCACGCAGCUGGUAUGAUCAUGAUGGGAUUCAGUGUUUAUAUGCGAGCAGUAUUGAUCUAUGGACCUCCUGGUCGGCCGGUAAAUGCAGACAUGACGGCGGCUCUUGUUAGAAAUUCUAAGCCGAAUGGUAUAUUUGUUGCUCCAUCUAUACUUGAAGACAUGAGCAAAACGCCGGAAUUUUUGGAUGCUCUCGGGGAAAUCGAUUUCAUUUCUUAUGGCGGUGGCCCUCUGUCGCAAGAAGCAGGUGACAUUUUGCAAACGAAGAGCACCGUCUGCAACUUUAUCGGAUCUACAGAAAUGUUUCUUCUUCCUUCUUUGGAGCACAAAAGUCGCAAGGACUGGAGAUAUCAGCAUUUUCACCCUACCGCAGGAGUCUCUCUCAAGCCGCGAGAGGGUGGUUUGGCCGAGUUGGUAAUUGUUCGGAAGGAAAAUACCCCUUUUCAUCAGGGUCUCUUCUACACCUUUCCGGAUGCUGUCGAAUACCCAAUGAAGGAUUUGUACACGCCGCAUCCGACUGUCCCAGACCUUUGGCUGUACAGUGGCCGAGCCGAUGAUCUUGUUGUAUUAUCUAAUGGCGAGAAGAUCAACCCACUCGACAUUGAAGAGGCUAUCAGUAACCACCCCGACAUUCGAUCUGCUCUCGUAGUUGGGCAAGCUCAAUUCCAGCCCGCUCUUUUAGUCGAGCUUCAACCUCAUUCCAGUCUUUGGGACAAAGAAGACGCCGAGCGCGUGGAAGCCAUCUGGCCCAUAGUUGAGCAAACCAAUAGCGAAGCAGCUUCAUAUGCAAAGCUCUCCAAGGACCGCAUCAUGUUCACAAAAAGGGACAAGAGUUUCCUCAGAGCACCCAAGGGCACGAUCCAGCGACAACAGACGAAUAAAUUCUUUGCCGAAGAGAUCGAACAGCUUUAUGAGGGAGUCGAGGAGCUUCCAGCGGCAACAAUGAAUGUGGAAAACAAGCCGAGACUCGCGCAGUCGCUCCGGGAUCUGCUCAUCUCAAUCACGAAAUUGGACGAGUUUGCGGACGAUGAUGACUUGUUCACGUUGGGAAUGGAUUCUCUCAUGGUCAUCGCCCUACUCAAUUCUCUCAAGUCUGGUCUUCGAGACGUUGCAGGUGUUGACAAAUCUCUUUCGACGACUCUGAUCUACCGGAAUCCAACUUUGGCUAGGUUGACGAAUGCAGUAUGGACACUGCUUCAUCCAGAGCAGGAAAUUAAAAACGGAGACUUGCAAUCUAGGAGCAGUAAGCUGGAGUCCCUCUUGGACAGAUAUUCUGCCAAUCUCCCGAGCCGUGACUCUAUACCCGCCACGCCAAGAGAGAACAUUGUGGUCGCCUUGACCGGCUCUACCGGAUCUCUAGGAUCGUACCUUUUGGAUGCCCUACUGAAUAGCAAGAGGGUUCAGAAAAUAUAUUGUUUGAACCGAUCUGCAAGUGCAUCAGAAAGGCAGAAGCAAUCUAAUGUAGAGCGGGGCCUUCGCGCCAAAUGGACUUCUGAGAGGGUCGAAUUUCUGCUCACAGACUUUUCCAAGCCCCGGUUUGGGCUCUCCCAAGAGCGCUAUUCUCAGCUUCUAGACGAAACAACUGAUUUCAUCCAUAACGCGUGGCAAGUCGACUUCAAUCUUCCCGUCGAAUCUUUUGAGAAGGUUCACAUCCAAGGAGUUCGCUCUUUGAUCGAUUUCUCCAUCCAAUCAGCUCACAGCACUCGGCUGUAUUUCAUCUCUAGCAUUUCUACUGUCAUGAAUUGGGCAGCGCUUUACAAGGGUUCUGUUCCGGAGGAGACUAUUACAGACUUCAAUGUGCCUGAAGAAAUGGGGUAUGGCGAAUCGAAAUACAUUGGAGAGCGUUUACUCGACCGAGCACACAGGAUUUCCAGGAUCCCUUCUACAGUUUGCCGUGUUGGUCAAGUCGGUGGCCCGGUCGAGAAAAGAAUGGGCAUGUGGAAUAAGCAAGAAUGGCUCCCGACGAUCAUCGCAAGCUCAAAGUAUCUCCGAGCUCUGCCUUCGUCUCUCCCUGGCGCAUUUUCUCAAGUGGAUUGGUUGCCAGUUGACACUCUUGCACGAAUAGUUCUUGAAUUGAUUGACCCAGAGGAGACAAAUGUGGAUGAAAAGACCCCGAAUAUGGAGCAUAAUGCGGCUUCAGUCUAUCAUUUGGUCAAUCCAAACAAAGCCUCGUGGGACAUUCUGAUUCCCACAGUCCAAGCCCACCUUGCAGAGGCUAGUUCCUCUGACAUUGACAUUGUCCCGGUCGAAAAAUGGCUUGCGCUUCUCCGUGAAAGUGCUCAAUCUACCGGUGCUGAGAAGGCGCAUGAGAACCCUGGUGUCAAACUGCUGGAGUUCUUUGAAGCUGCGCAUCAAGCUGGAGAAUCCGGCCGAGCGACUAGCGUUCUCCAGACCGGCAAGACAACGGCAAAGAGUGCGACACUUAAUAAAUUGGAGCCUGUCAACCCGGACUGGAUGAAGAUUUGGCUUGAGCAAUGGAAGUUCUAGACUCGCAUGGACCGUUAUUUUCGUACUGCAUGAGACGUUUAUCGAUAACGACCUUUAUCUUAGCGUUCUGGCUAAACUUGGGGAACCAGGAACUGUAAAAUGGCAUGCAGACGAUUAAUUAGCCGAGCGGCGCGUGCGAGAAGCGAGGUUAAUUCGAGGCGUUUUGGCGUCUGGCGGACUACAAC